GCAAGCUUGGAGCCCCACGACAUGCGUGUCCAACUCGACGAUCUGUACAACUGUACAUGUAAGUAAGGCUGAGGACUGACGUUCUUGUGAUGGAGUUCAGACAUGACCCCCAGGGGGCGCCAAUGUCACCCCCCACCCUGGCACACCUGGUAGACACCACCAUAAUGGACGUCUCGGCAGAUUUCCACGGAAACUCUCUCAGGAGCAGGAUUCAGGAGGAGUUUGGCUUGUCAGCUGAGACAGGGGACAGACACAAGGACACAGACAGGGCAGUGUCAUCCUUCCAGCAGAGGAUAGAGUCCUUCAUAGUGAGGAAAGCUGAUGUCCUGUUCCAGACCAGAUCUGCCUCACAUGUACACAGACACCAGGCUCAGGCAGGGAAGGAUGAAGAAGACUAUUACGCUGUCCUGCCACCUCUGGAACAGUUUAUGGGAGUUCCGAUUCUCCCUGCUAAAGACAGAUUCUACAAGAUGGUAGAGCCUGGAGACACAGUGGUUGGGAAGAUCGUCAGUAUGAAAGAUUUCGGUUUCUUCGUGAAGCUGUUGUGCCUGACUGGUGGAGCGGCCAGAGACGUCCAGGACAUGGACAUCACUGCUCUGUGCCUGUCCUCAGACCUGCCGUCCCAUGGUGCCCACCAGAGACCUAUAGACUAUUACCACACUAACGACCUCAUCCAAGCUGUAGUGAAGACAGUGAGUGUGUUAGAUGACAGGAUUGUGAUCUCCCUCAUACAUAACCACUCACCUCAGCCACUGCCACAGGGCUAUUUGGGAAUUAUAACCAGUGAUGAUCUCCCAGUUCACUUUAGGAGGAGUCAGGACCUACAGACCAGCCAGACCAGCUAUGAUGAUCUGUUACAGCGAGUCUGGGGCUUCAGUAACCCCAGUAAUGUGUCCUACCUGGGCGGAGUGCUGGACAUAGCGGACAAACACCCGCCUUCACUCAUGAGGGGACUACACAGAUGCCCGUUCCCCCAGACAGACUUUGCUGAGUCAUUAAGACAGCAGCAGUCCUCCAAGUGGGCGCUGGCUUGUGUUGGGACAGGAGUCCAACAUUUCAAGUCAGGGAGACAUGUGGAGGCCAUGCAGUGUCUGGAGAAGGCACUCACAUUUGACCCUGCCAAUGUAGAAGCACUGGUUGUGCGUGGUGCACUGUAUGCCAAUAAGAACAGCUUACUGCGAGCCAUGGAGGAUUUUGCUCAGGCCUUGAAGUUAAAUCCAGGCCACAACAACGCCAGGAAGUACAUGUGUGAGACUCUACUGGCCAGGGGGAAGCAGUUGCAGGAGGAGGGAGAGGAUGAGGAUGCCAUGAUGUCAUACCAGAGGGCUUUAGUCAUCAACCCUGACUUACAGGAGGCCAAGGAUGCUCUGGAGAAAGUCAGGACCAAACUAGAGAACAUGAAGACUGCGAGUCAGGUGGACAUGACCAGUGGAGGAGAAGAAUUGCCCGCUGAGUUGUCCUUUGCACAACGUUCGAAGGAAAAGCUUCAGAAGCUACUGGAUGUGGAGGGGAGCAGCAAGGACAAGAGCGGGAAAAAAAGAAAAGAAAGAGAAAACGGUCCAGCUCCAGUUCAGAUGAAGACAAAGGGAACAGAAGCAAACAGAAGAAAAGGCAACAAUCCUCACCAAGAGGGAAGUCAGACACCAGUUCAGACCCAGAUGGCCGCAGAAGGAAUAGUUCUAGUAGCACACACAGGUAUGGCAGGACAGGGACAGGACAUGGACGUAGUGCUGAGGGAGGGACAGGACAUGGACGUAGUGCUGAGGGAGGGACAGGACAUGGACGUAGUGCUGAGGGAGGGACAACAGGACAUGGACGUAGUGCUGAGGGAGGGACAGGGACAGGACAUGGACGUAGUGCUGAGGGAGGGACAGGGACAGGACAUGGACGUAGUGCUGAGGGAGGGACAGGACAUGGACGUAGUGCUGAGGGAGGGACAGGACAUGGACAUAGUGCUGAGGGAGGGACAGGGACAGGACAUGGACGAAGUGCUGAGGGAGGGACAGGACAUGGACGUAGUGCUGAGGGAGGGACAGGGACAGGACAUGGACGUAGUGCUGAGGACAGGGACAGGACAUGGACAUAGUGCUGAGGGAGGGACAGGACAUGGGCGUAGUGCUGAAGGAGGGACAGGGACAGGACAUGGACAUAGUGCUGAGGGAGGGACAGGACAUGGAUGUAGUGCUGAGGGAGGGACAGGACAUGGACGUAGUGCUGAGGGAGGGACAGGGACAGGCCUUCGACAUAGCACAUGGGAAGGGCAGAGAAGGCACUCAGCAGAAGACAUGUAUCACAGGUAUGUGGGAGAGCUGAAGACAGGGCAGGAAAGACAGGGCAUGUCUGUAGGAGUGAGUGACAUGGGAGGACAGAGUGGUUCAGAUCAACAGGACAGAUACACAGGACAGAACAGACGUGUACAUGUGGAAGAACUGACAAGACAGUCAGCAAGAGACAGUGACAAUCUGACUGAGCUGAGAAAAAAAACGACCAGAAAUUUGGGACCAGAAAGUGGAAGCAGUAGGCAUCAGGGCUAUGUAGAAGUACACAGCAGACAUACAGACAGACAUACAGAAAUUCAGAUUAGACAGAAGGAAAAACAAAGUAGACAAACAAGCUAUGAUGUUGAAUCACAAAACAGACAUACGGAAGGACACUACAAACCUGUAGAAGGAAAAGAAAGACACGCCAAAGCACAUAAUACGUAUUUUGAGGGACAACACAGGCAUACAGAAGGACAGAGCAGUCACACAGAAGGAGAGAGAAGUUACUCUGAAGCACAAAGUGCUCAUGUGGAAAGGCAGGAUAGAUACUAUAUGGACAGAAGUGAGAGAUCUAGAGACAGACAUACAGAAGUACAGGGCAGAGAUGUACAGGGCAGAGAUGUACAGGGUAGAGAUGUACAUGUCAAAGGACAGAGUGAACAUGCGGGACACAGUCAGCAUGUCAGCAGACAGGACAGACACAGGACAGAACACUACAGGUAUAAGGAGGGUGACAGGCCAGGCGAUUAUCAACAACAAACUGCUGACAGUAAGACAGCAAGGAACAGGGACAGGAGAGUGAGUGAACAUGGAGGUCAUCGGUCUGCCUCCCCUGUAACACAUAAACACAGGGCAGGAAAACACCAUAACAAUAGGUAGCAUAAAUGGCUCCACCCCUGAGGCAUCGCCAAAAAUUAGACUUGAGUCAGAGAGGGCAGAGAAAAGUCAAGUAAGUUGUUACAUGGCUGGACUUAUGUUAAGUCGCCUUUCUGCUGGAGAC